AUGGCACCCUUGCGACUUCCACGCGAGCUCUGGCAGCGCACGGCGCUCCUCGCGUGCGUGGCGUCUACCGUCGCGCUCGCCAUCAACCUCGGCUGCCUGCUCUGGGCCACGUUCCGCGAGCACGAGCCGCUGGACGGCGGGCUCCGGGUCAUCGUCCAGGGCUCGUGCAAGAACAUCAAGAUGGCGAACACCGGCAUCCACGUCCUCAUCAACGUCCUCAGCACGGCCCUCCUCGCCGGAAGCAACUACUGCAUGCAGGUGCUGUCGGCCCCGACCAGGGCGCAGGUCGACCGCGCCCACACCCGCGGCCGCUGGGUGGACGUCGGGGUACCUAGCCUGCGGAACCUGUUCGUCGCCGUCGGCUGGCGCAACAAGAUUCUCUGGGUCUUGAUGGCCACCUCGUCCAUCCCGCUGCACUUGCUGUACAACUCGGUUGUCUUUUCGACGAUAUCCGCCAGUUGGUACACCGUCAACCCAACACCGCGGUACCUCGUCUCCGCCUGGGAAGGUCUCAAGAAGAGACCAGAUGUUCCAGGCCAUUUUAAGGACCUUGUAUCCAAAUAUCACCAAGGAGACCUCACGAGGUUGAGCGGGAAGGAUUGCGUCAAAGCAUACGGGCCGGCCUGGCAGUCGGAGUGGAGUGACUUGCUGAUCAUAUACGGCGAACAUGGCCCUCAAGCCGACAGCAGCCAUCGGGAUGCUGUUAACCCGGAGGUAUGGGUUGAUAUGUCAUGGUCCCAGUUCGAAGCGUCCGAUAGCAGCUGGAUAUGCUGGUGGCCAAAUGCUGUCGGAACAACAGUUGGCCAGGGUGGCCAAUGCGAAGAACAAAUAAGAAAAUGGGGAAACGGCGAGCCGGGAAACGAUUACCCGCUGCGCUGGCACUGGCUUGAAUGCCAUGCACUGCCGGGAAAAAACCGCUGCCGGCUCGUCCUAAGCCCUCAUCUUGGCUGGGUUGUGGUCGGGAUGAAUGUGGUCAAGGUGGCAGUCAUGGCAUUCAUCGCCUCGACAAACGCAUCUGCAUCUCCGAGCUGCUCGUCAAUCGACGACAAGCACCUAUUUGAAGACGAUGGAAUGCCCCUGGUGCAGCGAGAGGCUUCUUCGGAACAUAUCCCGAUACUCACUAUCGGGGAUGCUGUGGCAUCAUUCCUCCGCACCCCAGACGAGCGAACCUCGGGGAUGCCGUUGUUCAGCUGGCGGGAUGGGAAUCACUUUUCAUGGUGGGCAGAUCUGCGCCAGCAGCACCGCUUCCCCUGCUACCGUCAGGCGGGCAUUCCUGAGCGAAAGGCUGCCGUUGCGGAGCCCUGGCGUUGGGCGUGCAGUAUCGCAUUCUCGGCUGCCCUCCUCCUCACAGCGGUAGGCUUGAUGAUCAAGGGGUUGCUUGGUGACUUGGGUAGUGUCAUCAGCCCCCAAGACUUCUUCGGCGAGCUGGGGAAGCCGUCGUCUAGGACAAUCAUGUCGGUAGGGCUGGAAGGCGUGAACAAGAACGUUCUGCUGGCCAACUUGCCUCAAGCCCUUCUCUCAUUCACCUACGUGUCGUACAACUCCCUACUCACGCAAGCGUGCGUGGCGACGGAAUGGGACCGCUUUGCGCAGACGACCAAGGGCAUCCGCGUCUCAACACACCGAGCGGGCGCGCAAAGAGCCGCAUACUUUCUGCAGCUGCCUUUCCGAUAUGCGGUUCCGCUCAUCGUCGGCACGGGCGUGCUGCAUUGGCUCGUUUCACAAACCAUAUUUCUCGUCUUCGUCGAGUUCGUGACGAACCACGAGGUGAAGCCCAAGAAGACGCAGAUAUCCUGCGCCUGGUCACCAUUCGGGGUCGUUCUAAUCACGCUAGUCGGCACCCUGAUGCUUAUGGCUCUGGUGUGGGUGGCAUCCAGGCGCCUCCGCAGCCCCAUGCCCAUUGCCGGCAGCUGCAGCGUGGCCAUAUCGGCCGCCUGUCAUCCGUUGGCAUACGAAGAAGGCGCGUGGGAGAAGCCUCUGUGCUGGGGAAUGCAAAGAGGUAAUAGCCAAGAUGAGACAAUCGAGGUACAGGUGAUCGGGGGUGGAGAUGGAAUCAACAGCCAAAGGGAACAAGUGCUAGGACAUUGCAGCUUUUCGAGCAGGGAGGUUGAAGCUGUGAAGCCAGGGUGCUGGUAUCGAUAGGACCACGGGGCCCAGGGCUCGGGUAGACUACGGAUGAUUGCG